ACAAGUGGACCUCCAGCAAGUUCUGCACAACCAGCUGUGUGUGAUGAGUGGCCACACCUCUCCUCUGCUUGACAUCCUGGUCACCGACAGCACAGAGGAGGCCAGCAUCGCCCAAACCAUGACAGCCAUGCCAGGAGCUAGCACACCCUCUGGGCUCCACGCUGAAGCAGCGCCGUCUUCCCAGGCCAGAAGCAUAGCUGGGGUGUACGUGGAGGCCUCAGGCCAGGCCCAGAGCUUCUACACUGCCAUGAGGCAGGGCCUCCUGCCUGCUGGCCUUGGGCUGGCUCUGCUGGAGGCCCAGGCAGCCACUGGGGGCCUUGUGGACCCUGCCCAGGGCCACCUGCUCCCUGUGUCCGAGGCCCUGCGGCAAGGCCUGGUGGGGCUGGAGCUAAAGGAGAAGCUGCUGGCCGCUGAGUGUGCGGUCACUGGCUACCCAGACCCCUAUGGGGGUGAGAAACUGUCGCUCUUUCAGGCCAUUGGGAAGGAGGUUGUGGACAGGGCUCUGGGGUGGAGCUGGCUAGAGGCCCAGCUGGCCACAGGGGGCCUGGUGGACCCUGCCCGGGGCAUUCGAGUGGCCGCAGAACCAGCCUGCCAGCAGGGCCUCCUGGAUCAGGAGACAUGGCACAGCCUGUUGGAGCUCGAGCCCAGCACAGGGGUCCCAGGCUUCCUCGACCCCAACACACUGGAGCGGCUGACAUAUCGCGAGCUGCUGGAGAGGUGCGUACAGGCCCCUGGCUUGGGGCUGGCCCUGCUGCCUGUCAAGGUCACCUUCCGCUCCUUGGGCGGGGCAGUGAGUGCGGCUGAGCUCCUGAAGGCUGGCAUCCUGGACAAGCAGACCGUCCAGCGCCUUCAGGAGGGCAGGUUAGCUGUGGCAGAUGUGAGCGGGCGCGCCGAGGUACAGCGCUACCUGGAGGGUACUGGCAGCGUGGCAGGGGUCGUCAUAUUGCCUGAAGGCCUCAAGAAGAGCUUUUUCCAGGCCACUGCCGAGCACCUGCUCCCAAUGGGCACCGCACUCCCACUUCUGGAGGCUCAAGCUGCCACCCACGCCCUGGUGGAUCCAGCCACAGGCCAGCGGCUGUGGGUGGAUGAGGCGGUCAGGAUGGGCUUGGUCGGCCCAGAGCUGCACGAGCCGCUCCUGGUGGCAGAGCAGGCUGUGACAGGGUACCACGACCCCUUCAGCAGCACCCGAAUCUCCCUCUUCCAGGCCAUGAAGAAGGAGCUAGUGGACAGGCCACUGGCGCUACGGCUCCUGGAUGCGCAGCUGGCCACAGGCGGGUUAGUCUGUCCAGCCCGCAGGCUCCGGCUGCCCCUGGAGGCCGCCCUGCGCUCUGGCUGCCUGGACGAGGCCACUCAACAGUUGCUCUCGAAGGCAGCUGGCUUCACGGACCCCAGCACGCACCGGAGACUGCACUAUGGGCAGUUGCUGGCCCAUUGUGUCACUGACCCUGAGACAGGCCUCGCCUUCUUGCCCCUCCCAGGGGGGCCCAGUGGAGAGAAGCCCCAGGGACCCCCAUUCAUUGAGCACUGCACUCGGCAGGCCUUGAGCGAGGCUGUGACCACCAUCUCCAUGGGGAGGUUCCAGGGCCGACCCGUUACUCUCUGGGAGCUGCUCUUCUCCGAGGCAGUCCCCGUGGAGCAGAGGGUGACACUGGCCCAGCGGCACCAGGAAGGGACCCUGUCGGUAGAGGAGCUGGCUGCUGGGUUGAAAGUUACCAUUGAACAGGCUGCAGCCAAUGCCAAGGUCACCUUUGCUGGGUUGAGGGACACUGUGACACCAGGAGAGCUGCUGAGAGCCAAGAUCAUUGGCCAGGACCUGUAUGAGCAGCUGGAACGAGGACAGACCACGGCCCAGGAUGUGAGCAGCCUGGACUCGGUGCAGAGGUACCUGCAGGGUACGGGCUGCAUUGCUGGCCUGCUGCUGCCCGGCUCCCAGGAGCGGCUCAGCAUCUACGAGGCCCGCGGUAAGGGGCUCCUCAGACCUGGCACCGCCCUUAUCCUUCUUGAGGCACAGGCUGCUACUGGCUUCAUCAUUGACCCCAAAGAAAACAAGAGACACUCUGUUGAGGAGGCUCUGAGGGCUGGUGUUAUCGGGCCCGAUGUGUACAUGAAGCUGCAGUCAGCCGAGCGCGCUGUCACCGGCUACACCGACCCCUACACUGGGGAGCAGAUCUCCCUCUUCCAGGCCAUGCAGAGGGACCUCAUUGUGCAGGACCAUGGCAUCCGCCUGCUGGAGGCCCAGAUCGCCACGGGCGGGGUCAUUGACCCCGUGCACAGCCACCGCCUGCCUGUGGACGUAGCCUACCAGCGAGGCUACUUCGACCAGACCCUGAAUUCGAUCCUGUUAGACCCCUCUGACGACACCAAGGGCUUUUUCGACCCCAACACACAUGAGAACCUCACGUACCUGCAGCUGCUGGAGCGCUGUGUGCGCGACUCCGAGACAGGCCUAUACCUGCUGCCGCUCCGCAGUGCACAGCCCCAGCUGGUGGAUGGGGCCACCCGGCAGGCCCUCCAGAAGCUGCUGCUGUCUGUGAAGUAUGGGCGGUUCCAGGGGCAGAGGGUCUCCGCGUGGGAGCUAAUCAACUCGGAAUACUUCAGCGAGGACCAGAGGAGGCAGCUGCUGCGGCAGUACCGGCUGCGCAAGGUCACGCAGGAGCAGGUCAAGUACCUGAUGGAGGCAGCAUCAUGGAGGCAGGCAGACAUCAUGCUGCCUGCACUGCAGGGCCGUGUCAGCGCCUACCAGCUCCUGGAGGCCCACAUCAUGGACCAGCAGCUCCUGGACCAAGUGCUGGUGCGGACAGUCAGCCCCGAGGCCCUCCUCCACAUGGACAACAUCCGCAGGUUCCUGCGUGGCUCCGGUGCCGUGGGGGGCGUGCUGCUGCAGCCUUCCAACAAGCGGCUCAGCCUCUACCAGGCCAUGAAGCAGAAGCUGCUGCGACACAGCGUGGCCCUGGCUCUGCUGGAGGCUCAGGCAGCCACUGGUGCCAUUGUGGACCCUUGCAGUCUGGAGACACUCUCAGUGGAUGAGGCCGUGCGCAGGGGCGUGGUAGGGCCAGAGCUAUGUGGCAGGCUGAGGAGGGCCGAGGGUGCUGUCACUGGCUUCAGAGACCCCUUCUCUGGGAAGCGGGUGUCCCUGUUCCAGGCCAUGAGGAAGGGCCUUGUCCCUUUGGAGCAAGCUGCCCGCCUCCUAGAGGCCCAGGUGGCCACAGGAGGGAUCAUUGACCCUGCAGGCCACCUACACCUCCCCAUGCCAGUGGCCAUCCAGCGUGGCUGCAUUGACCAAGAAAUGGAGAUAGCUGUGUCCAGUGCCUCUGAGACCUUCCCCACACUAGACAGCCAGGGACACACUAGCUAUGCCCAGCUCCUGGAGCAGUGUGCCCAGGACGAGGCCUCUGGCCUUCACCUCCUGCCCCUGCCAGAAAGUGCUCCCACCAUCCCCACCGACGAGCAGGUCCAGGAGACCUUACAGGCCACACCGGGGACAGAGGAUGGCAUGUCCCUCUGGGACCUGCUUGGCUCCUGCCACUUCACUGAGGAGCAGCGGAGGGGCUUCCUGGAGGACGUCCGGGAGGGGAGAACCACCGUGCCACAGUUGCAGGCAGCUGUGCAGAAGUGGGUGCAGGGGGCCAAGCUCCUGGCCCAGGCCCAUGUCACGGUGCCUGGCCCGCGGGGUGAGGUCCCCGCUGUCUGGCUGCUGGAUGCCGGCAUCAUCACCCAGGAGACCCUCGAGGCACUGGCUCGAGGCACACAGUUGCCCACCGAGGUGGCUGAGCAGCCGGCGGUGAAGGCCUGCUUGUGGGGCACGGGCUGUGUGGCCGGCAUGUUGCUGCAGCCCUCCGGGGCCAAGGUCAGCAUUGCUCAGGCUGUGAAGGAUGGCAUCCUGCCUGCAGGCCUGGGCCAGAGGCUGCUGGAGGCCCAGGUAGCAUCUGGAUCCCUUGUUGACCCUCUUACCAACCAGAGACUGUCAGUGGAGGAUGCAGUGAAGGCUGGCCUAGUGGGCAGGGAGCUGAGUGAGCCGCUCCAGCAGGCAGAAAGGGCUGCAGCUGGGUACACAGACCCCUACUCAGGGAGCUCCCUCUCUCUGUGGCAGGCCAUGGAGAAGGGGCUUGUGCCCCAGAGCGAGGGCUUUCCUCUCUUGCAGGCACAGCUGGCCACUGGGGGUGUGGUGGACCCUGUCCAUGGGGUGCACCUGCCCCAGGCAGUGGCCUGCAGGCUCGGCCUCCUGGACGAGCAGACGGGCCAGGCACUGACCGUGACAGAUGCAGACAACAAGUUCUUCUUCGACCCCAAUACGAGGGACAAGGUAACAUACCAGCAGCUCAAGGAGCGCUGCCUGCUGGAUGCUGAGACCGGCCUCUGCCUGCUACCGUUCCCUGAGAACAGAGUGCUGGAGGUGGAUGACCACACCGCCGUAGCCUUGAGGGCCAUGAAGGUGCCUGUCAGCAUGGGGAGGUUUCAAGGCUGCAGCGUGUCGCUCUGGGACCUGCUGUGCUCUGAGUACAUUGGCCCUGACAAGCGACGGGAGCUGGUAGCACUCUGCCGGUCUGGGAGGGCUGCAGCACUGCGGCAGGUGGUCAGUGCAGUUACUGCCCUGGUGGAGGCUGCAGAGGGGCAGCCCCCGCAGGCCACCUUCACAGGGCUCCGGAAGCAGGUGUCAGCCCGGGACUUGUUCAGGUCCCAGCUGAUCACCAAGAAGACACUGGAUGAGCUGCAGCAGGGGAAGAAGACCGUGCAGGAGGUCAUGCAGACAGAUAGUGUGCGGCAGUCCCUGGAGGGAGGCAACUUCAUCGCCGGGGUCCUCAUCCAGGCCACCAAGGAGAGGCUGAGCAUCCCAGAGGCCCUGAGAAGGCACAUCCUGCGGCCUGGCACAGCCCUGGUACUGCUGGAGGCACAGGCGGCCACUGGCUUCAUCAUCGACCCUGUGAAGAACCGGAAGCUGACUGUGGAGCAGGCAUUCGAGGCAGGAAUGUUUGGCAGAGAAACCUAUGUGAAGCUUCUGUCAGCCGAGCGCGCCGUCACCGGCUACACCGACCCCUACACCGGGGAGCAGAUCUCCCUCUUCCAGGCCAUGCAGAAGGACCUCAUCGUGCGCGACCACGGCAUCCGCCUGCUGGAGGCCCAGAUCGCCACGGGUGGUAUUAUCGACCCCGUGCACAGCCACCGCCUGCCUGUGGAUGUGGCCUACCAGCGUGGCUACUUCGACAAGGAAAUGAACUGCAUCCUGGAGGACCCAAGCGAUGACACCAAGGGCUUCUUUGACCCCAACACACAUGAGAACCUCACGUACCUGCAGCUGCUGGAGCGCUGUGUGGAGGACCCUGAGACAGGCCUGUACCUGCUACAAAUUGUAAAGAAAGGAGAAACCUACAUGUACAUUGAUGAGACCACAAGGCAGGUUCUGCGAUCUAGGACUCUAAAAAUGCACGUGGGCAGGUUUGCCAACCAGACAGUGUCUCUCUGGGACCUGCUGUCCUCAGCAUACUUCUCAGACGACAGGAAGCGUGAGCUUGUGCGGGACUAUGGAGCUCGGGACAGGGGCCUGGAGGAACUGUCAGAGGUCAUUACCAUGGCCAUCGAAGAGGCAGAAGAGCAGAACAAAGCCAUCAAGGUGGCAGCCAUCAGGGGGGACACGACAGCUGCAGGGUUGUUCCACGCUGGGGUCGUGGAUAAAACGACACUGGAUACACUUCGCCAGGGUAACAGGGGUGGGCAGGACCUCAGGCAGCUAGAGCACGUGAGGAUCUACCUGGAAGGCAGUGGCUGCAUCGCUGGGGUGACUGUGCCCUCCACCCAGGAGGUCAUGACCUUCCACGAAGCCAGCAGGAAAGAGCUCAUCCCCACAGUGUUUGCAGCCCAGCUGCUGGAGGCACAGGCCGCAACUGGGUUCCUGCUAGACCCCCACAAUCACCAAAAGCUGUCCGUAGAUGAGGCCGUGGCUGUGGGCCUGGUGGGCGAAGAGCUGCAAGAAAGGCUCUUAAACGCCGAGAAGGCUGCCACAGGCUACAAGGACCCUGACUCAGGAGACACAAUCCCAUUGUUCCAGGCCAUGCAAAGGAAGCUAGUCCCAAUGGCAGAAGCCCUGAGGCUGCUGGAGGUGCAGGUGGCCACGGGCGGCAUCAUCGACCCACAGCAACACCACCGGCUCCCAUUACAGACAGCCUACACACGUGGCUGUCUGCACCAGGACACUUAUGCACUUAUCGCUGAUCAGAAACACAUGAAGAAAAGGUUUGUGGACCCCAACACACAGGAGAAGGUCACGUAUCAGGAGCUCCAGGAGAGGUGCCAGAGGCAGGAGCACACAGGAUGGGCUCUGUUCCCAGUGGUCAGGGACACACAGGAGCCUGAGUACAUUGACGACGCCACCAGAAGGGCUCUCGAGGCAGAGCAGGUAGAAGUAACAGCGGGGAGGUACCGAGGCCAGAAGCGAACAGUCUGGGAGCUGCUGAACUCAGAAUAUGUGACGGAGGAAAGAAAGCUCGAGCUGGUGAGAAUGUACAAAAGGGAAACAGCAAGACCACUGCAGACGGUGGUAAAAGAGAUCUUAGACAUCAUCAAAAAGCAUGAAACCAGCAGUGAGCAACUGUGGUUCCGAGGGAUCAGAAGAAACAUCACAGCCUCUGAGCUAGUGAGCGCAGCUGUCAUCACCAGAGAGACCCUAUGGGAACUGGAAUCAGGGAAACGCACACCGCAGCAGGUCAUCGCAGAUAAGCAGGUGAAGCGCUACCUGGAGGGCACCAGCUGCAUCGCGGGCGUCCUGGUGCCCGCCAAGGACGAGCCCGGUCGUCAGGAGAAGAUGAGCAUCUACCAGGCCAUGUGGAAGGGCGUGCUGCGGCCCGGCACGGCCCUGGUGCUGCUGGAGGCGCAGGCGGCCACUGGCUUCGUCAUCGACCCGGUGCGCAACCAGAAGCUGUCCGUGGAGGAGGCGGUGGCCGCGGGCGUGGUCGGCAGGGAGGUCCGGGAGAAGCUGCUGUCUGCUGAGCGCGCCGUCACCGGCUACACCGACCCCUACACCGGGGAGCAGAUCUCCCUCUUCCAGGCCAUGCAGAGGGACCUGAUCGUGCGCGAUCACGGCAUCCGCCUGCUGGAGGCCCAGAUCGCCACGGGCGGCGUCAUCGACCCCGUGCACAGCCACCGUCUGCCCGUGGACGUGGCCUACCAGCGUGGCUACUUCGACGAGGAGAUGAACCGCAUCCUGGAGGACCCGAGCGAUGACACCAAGGGCUUCUUCGACCCCAACACGCACGAGAACCUCACCUACGUGCAGCUGCUGCGCCGCUGCGUGCGCGACCCGGACACCGGGCUCUACAUGCUGCAGCUGGCGGGCCGGGGCUCCGCCGUGCACCAGCUGAGCGAGGAGCUGCGCUGUGCCCUGCGCGAUGCCCGCGUGACCCCAGGGUCGGGGCCCCUCCAGGGCCACAGCGUCUCUGUGUGGGAGCUCCUCUUCUACCGCGAGGUGCCCCAGAGCCUGCGCCAGGACCUGCUGGGCAGAUACCGGGCGGGCACGCUGACUGUGCAGGAGCUGGGUGCCACGCUCACCUCGCUGCUGGCCCGGGGUGAGGAAGGGAGCCCGCACGCGGACCUGCGGGGGACCUUGCGUGUGGCCACCAUGGAGGUCAAGGUGGGCCACCUCCGGGGGCACGCGGUGCCCGUGUGGGACGUGCUGGUAUCCAGCUACGUGAGCGGGGCCACCCGGGAGGAGCUGCUGGCCCAGUUUGCCGCGGGGACCCUGGCCUUGCCCGCGCUGACCCACCGGCUGACCACCAUCAUCGAGGAGGCAGAGGAGGCUGACAGGGUGCGGCCAGGGCUGGAGGACGCCUCGCCCAACCAGCGGGGGCCGGGUACACCUGGGCGACGGGAAGGCAGCUCGGGGCGCUGCCCGCACGAGGCUGAGGCUGAGGCUGAGGCUGAGGUCGAGGCCGAGACCGAGGCCGCCAGGCACCGCCAGGAGCAGGCCCUGCGAGCCGCCACCAUGGAGGUGGGCUCCGGGCAGUUCCGGGGGCGGCCCGUCUCUGUGUGGGAAGUCCUCUUCUCCUCGUACCUGAGCGAGGCCCGACGAGACGAGCUCCUGGCCCAGCACGCGUCCGGCACCCUGGGCCUGCCCGAGCUCAUCGUCCUCCUCAGCCAGGUCAUCGAAGAGACCGAGCAGCGCCUCAGCCGGGUGUCCUUCCGCGGCCUGAGGCGCCAGGUGUCCGCCUCCGAGCUGGGCACGUCCGGGAUCCUGGGCCCCGACACCCUGCGCGAUCUGGCCCAGGGCACUAAGACCCUGCAGGAGGUGACGGAGAUGGACUCCGUCAAGCGCUACCUGGAGGGCACCAGCUGCAUCGCGGGCGUCCUGGUGCCCGCCAAGGACGAGCCCGGCCGUCAGGAGAAGAUGAGCAUCUACCAGGCCAUGUGGAAGGGCGUGCUGCGGCCCGGCACGGCCCUGGUGCUGCUGGAGGCGCAGGCGGCCACCGGCUUCGUCAUCGACCCGGUGCGCAACCAGAAGCUGUCCGUGGAGGAGGCGGUGGCCGCGGGCGUGGUCGGCGGGGAGGUCCGGGAGAAGCUGCUGUCUGCUGAGCGCGCCGUCACCGGCUACACCGACCCCUACACCGGGGAGCAGAUCUCCCUCUUCCAGGCCAUGCAGAGGGACCUGAUCGUGCGCGAUCACGGCAUCCGCCUGCUGGAGGCCCAGAUCGCCACGGGCGGCGUCAUCGACCCCGUGCACAGCCACCGUCUGCCCGUGGACGUGGCCUACCAGCGUGGCUACUUCGACGAGGAGAUGAACCGCGUCCUGGAGGACCCGAGCGAUGACACCAAGGGCUUCUUCGACCCCAACACGCACGAGAACCUCACCUACGUGCAGCUGCUGCGCCGCUGCGUGCGCGACCCGGACACCGGGCUCUACAUGCUGCAGCUGGCGGGCCGGGGCUCCGCCGUGCACCAGCUGAGCGAGGAGCUGCGCUGUGCCCUGCGCGAUGCCCGCGUGACCCCAGGGUCAGGACCCUUCCAGGGCCACAGCGUCUCUGUGUGGGAGCUCCUCUUCUACCGCGAAGUGCCCGAGAGCCUGCGCCAGGACCUGCUGGGCAGAUACUGGGCGGGCACGCUGACUGUGCAGGAGCUGGGUGCCACGCUCACCUCGCUGCUGGCCCGGGGUGAGGAAGGGAGCCCGCAUGCGGACCUGAAGGGGACCUUGCGUGCGGCCACCAUGGAGGUCAAGGUGGGCCACCUCCGGGGGCAUGCGGUGCCCGUGUGGGACGUGCUGGCAUCCAGCUACGUGAGCGGGGCCACCCGGGAGGAGCUGCUGGCCCAGUUUGCCGCGGGGACCCUGGCCUUGCCCGCGCUGACCCACCGGCUGACCACCAUCAUCGAGGAGGCAGAGGAGGCUGACAGGGUGCGGCCAGGGCUGGAGGACGCCUCGCCCAACCAGCGGGGGCCGGGUACACCUGGGCGACGGGAAGGCAGCUCGGGGCGCUGCCCGCACGAGGCUGAGGCUGAGGCUGAGGCUGAGGUCGAGGCCGAGACCGAGGCCGCCAGGCACCGCCAGGAGCAGGCCCUGCGAGCCGCCACCAUGGAGGUGGGCUCCGGGCAGUUCCGGGGGCGGCCCGUCUCUGUGUGGGAAGUCCUCUUCUCCUCGUACCUGAGCGAGGCCCGACGAGGCGAGCUCCUGGCCCAGCACGCGUCCGGCACCCUGGGCCUGCCCGAGCUCAUCGUCCUCCUCAGCCAGGUCAUCGAAGAGACCGAGCAGCGCCUCAGCCGGGUGUCCUUCCGCGGCCUGAGGCGCCAGGUGUCCGCCUCCGAGCUGGGCACGUCCGGGAUCCUGGGCCCCGACACCCUGCGCGAUCUGGCCCAGGGCACUAAGACCCUGCAGGAGGUGACGGAGAUGGACUCCGUCAAGCGCUACCUGGAGGGCACCAGCUGCAUCGCGGGCGUCCUGGUGCCCGCCAAGGACGAGCCCGGCCGUCAGGAGAAGAUGAGCAUCUACCAGGCCAUGUGGAAGGGCGUGCUGCGGCCCGGCACGGCCCUGGUGCUGCUGGAGGCGCAGGCGGCCACCGGCUUCGUCAUCGACCCGGUGCGCAACCAGAAGCUGUCCGUGGAGGAGGCGGUGGCCGCGGGCGUGGUCGGCGGGGAGGUCCGGGAGAAGCUGCUGUCUGCUGAGCGCGCCGUCACCGGCUACACCGACCCCUACACCGGGGAGCAGAUCUCCCUCUUCCAGGCCAUGCAGAGGGACCUGAUCGUGCGCGAUCACGGCAUCCGCCUGCUGGAGGCCCAGAUCGCCACAGGCGGCGUCAUCGACCCCGUGCACAGCCACCGUCUGCCCGUGGACGUGGCCUACCAGCGUGGCUACUUCGACGAGGAGAUGAACCGCGUCCUGGAGGACCCGAGCGAUGACACCAAGGGCUUCUUCGACCCCAACACGCACGAGAACCUCACCUACGUGCAGCUGCUGCGCCGCUGCGUGCGCGACCCGGACACCGGGCUCUACAUGCUGCAGCUGGCGGGCCGGGGCUCCGCCGUGCACCAGCUGAGCGAGGAGCUGCGCUGUGCCCUGCGCGAUGCCCGCGUGACCCCAGGGUCAGGACCCUUCCAGGGCCACAGCGUCUCUGUGUGGGAGCUCCUCUUCUACCGCGAAGUGCCCGAGAGCCUGCGCCAGGACCUGCUGGGCAGAUACUGGGCGGGCACGCUGACUGUGCAGGAGCUGGGUGCCACGCUCACCUCGCUGCUGGCCCGGGGUGAGGAAGGGAGCCCGCAUGCGGACCUGAAGGGGACCUUGCGUGCGGCCACCAUGGAGGUCAAGGUGGGCCACCUCCGGGGGCAUGCGGUGCCCGUGUGGGACGUGCUGGCAUCCAGCUACGUGAGCGGGGCCACCCGGGAGGAGCUGCUGGCCCAGUUUGCCGCGGGGACCCUGGCCUUGCCCGCGCUGACCCACCGGCUGACCACCAUCAUCGAGGAGGCAGAGGAGGCUGACAGGGUGCGGCCAGGGCUGGAGGACGCCUCGCCCAACCAGCGGGGGCCGGGUACACCUGGGCGACGGGAAGGCAGCUCGGGGCGCUGCCCGCACGAGGCUGAGGCUGAGGCUGAGGCUGAGGUCGAGGCCGAGACCGAGGCCGCCAGGCACCGCCAGGAGCAGGCCCUGCGAGCCGCCACCAUGGAGGUGGGCUCCGGGCAGUUCCGGGGGCGGCCCGUCUCUGUGUGGGAAGUCCUCUUCUCCUCGUACCUGAGCGAGGCCCGACGAGACGAGCUCCUGGCCCAGCACGCGUCCGGCACCCUGGGCCUGCCCGAGCUCAUCGUCCUCCUCAGCCAGGUCAUCGAAGAGACCGAGCAGCGCCUCAGCCGGGUGUCCUUCCGCGGCCUGAGGCGCCAGGUGUCCGCCUCCGAGCUGGGCACGUCCGGGAUCCUGGGCCCCGACACCCUGCGCGAUCUGGCCCAGGGCACUAAGACCCUGCAGGAGGUGACGGAGAUGGACUCCGUCAAGCGCUACCUGGAGGGCACCAGCUGCAUCGCGGGCGUCCUGGUGCCCGCCAAGGACGAGCCCGGCCGUCAGGAGAAGAUGAGCAUCUACCAGGCCAUGUGGAAGGGCGUGCUGCGGCCCGGCACGGCCCUGGUGCUGCUGGAGGCGCAGGCGGCCACCGGCUUCGUCAUCGACCCGGUGCGCAACCAGAAGCUGUCCGUGGAGGAGGCGGUGGCCGCGGGCGUGGUCGGCGGGGAGGUCCGGGAGAAGCUGCUGUCUGCUGAGCGCGCCGUCACCGGCUACACCGACCCCUACACCGGGGAGCAGAUCUCCCUCUUCCAGGCCAUGCAGAGGGACCUGAUCGUGCGCGACCAUGGCAUCCGCCUGCUGGAGGCCCAGAUCGCCACGGGCGGCAUCAUCGACCCCGUGCACAGCCACCGUCUGCCUGUGGACGUGGCCUACCAGCGUGGCUACUUCGACGAGGAGAUGAACCGCGUCCUGGAGGACCCGAGCGAUGACACCAAGGGCUUCUUCGACCCCAACACGCACGAGAACCUCACCUAUCUGCAGCUUUUGCAAAGAGCGACUGUUGACCCUGAGACCGGGCUUCUUCUUCUCUGUUUGUCUGGGAGGUGAAUGGACUCUUCUUUUUAUGAUUCAGAGCCUUAAGGGCAUGUAUUGGUUUAGUUUUUUAUGUUUCCAAUUUUUUAUUGUGUUAGGAUUUUUUUUACCUGUCAGUUAUAAUUUUCAAAUUUUUAAAGUCACCUUGCACUGUUUUAUCCAUAUGCCUACCUUUUACCUUGUCUUUCUUCCUUCUUCUACUUGCACUUCCUUCUUUUUCUUCGUGGUGUCUUUGAAUACGUCCAACAGUUCUCCUGUGUUAGUUUUCAAUAUUAUUUUUAUUUCUUGGAAUAUUUGCAGGUUUCUUUUCCUGAUUCUGUGGCUAUGUUUAUAAUUAAAAAUUCUUUUCUAUGCACCCUUGGCAUAGCAUGCUUAAGUGUA